AUGGCAAAUCCUACCAAUGCUGGAAAUAAGAAGGCCCUGCUCAUUGCAGUGAGAUCUGUGGAUAAAAAAGGCUUUCUGCCUUUGCACCACGCCCACGAGGACGCCGAAUCGCUCAAACGCCUCCUUAUCGAUGAGUUUAAUUACCCCGAAGCGAAUGUUGUCUUGAUGAAGCAUGACACGGAGGUCCUAAAGCAUCUCUGGCCAUCACGGAAAAACAUACUCGAGCAGAUCACGAAGAUGGUCACAGGUGCAUCCGCAAAUGACCAGUUCUUCUUCUAUUAUUCUGGUCAUGGAAAUCAAAUAACUUGCAAGCACCACACUGAAACAGACGGAAAGGAUGAAGUCAUAUACGCAUACACCGGCCGCUAUAUUGUCGAUAACAAACUAAGACAACUACUAGUAAAUCCUUUGCCUCGAGGGAGUAAACUUUUCGCCCUCUGGGACUCUUGCCACUCUGAGACGAUUUUGGACCUGGACCAUCACAAGUGCAAUAAGUUAUUUUCCGGGGAUGCUGUGAGAACUCAACGGAAGUCCUUCACAGGACGCUUCUUUCCGGAACCGGCAUCGAAACCUAGGUCGCUCCCACCCAGCAGCCAACGACAACCUCCACCACGUGGCCGCGCGGGAAAUCCAUCGCUGACUUUGAACAGUGUUUUCAUCCAACCUCAAUCUCCGACUCCCAGUUGGCUUCCACGCAUGUUCAUUAGCACCUCGCCUUCUGCUCUCCGCCGGGUUUUAUCCCCAGACUCUUGGUUUAAAUGCACGGGUGACUGUGAGAAGAUGAAACCAGAGGAGCAGAAAGAAGCCCAUGUAGUUUCAUUGUCUGCAUGUCGUGAUAAUGAAUAUGCGUAUGAUGACAAUGAGACCCAUGGCACUGUGACCAAGUUUUUUAUUGAAUGCGUAUCGCAAGAUCCCAAACCGUCGUUAUUCACCUUGCUCAAACAUAUCAAGGAUCAGGUGGAUCAAUUGAACGAGAAACGCCAGCUGCAGCUUAAGAUCGUCGACCGUCGCGCUACCGAUCUCGCUGAUAGGAUGAUCCAAGAGAAGAAAAAGCCAAUUUUCCGACGCAAUACGGAGGUAGUCGACUUAGAUGAGUAUAUGAGCUCUCAGGAAAGCUCGCUGCAAAACAGAAGUGCAUGAGUGGCAGCCUCAGAACCCAGGGGUAGAGUUUCUGUUUUUUUUCACUGUUCUCGUGUCUGACCAGCCCGACGACAGUACGCCAGCCAUCACCCAUUAGUAGGUCAUUUACUAUAACACUUUCGCUUCGUAAUUAACCUUUGACCCCCGGUAUGCAGGACAUGGAUCAGCUGGUGGAUACUAUCUUCUAAGUAUUUCUGUUUUCUUGAUUAAAUCGCUGCUUGUAUUGGUUCAUUCACUUGACAAUGUUUUGGACAGCCUGUUCAUACUAUUACUGAUUGAUUCAAGCCGAUAUAACAUGCACAUCAUACUGUAACAUGUACUGUAUGAUGCGCAAUGGCCCUACGGGCACCCCUGGACCCGGCAUUUACUUGUAAUUAUCCUCUCCACAGCAUUGACAUUUUCACU